AUGGAGCGGGACAUAUCGGACGCGCGAUGCUGUGGAGCACGGCGUUCGCCCGUUGGAUGCGAACAGGUCGUUGUGGACGUUUUCCACUUGCGCGUAUUGUGCUUUGCAGCAUACCGAUGGCCCCGAAUGCGGGAACUCGAUGUUGCCAUGUUUUGCAGGAGGAUGACGAGGAUAUUGAGCGACGGCAGCGACGGCAGCGACGGCAGCGACGGCAGCGACGCGACGAACGACGGCGACCGGCUACCCGCAAUCGCGGUGCAGCGCGCAGCGGACCGCUCUGUCUUGCAUGCCGAAGCGGCGAAUGUGCGCCCUCUUUCUGUGUUUUUUUAG